UCCCAGCCCUGGGGGGAGGCUCACGUGUCCGGGGCUAGGACCCGUCACGCGCUGCCCGCCCCGGGGUUGCCGCGUCACCAAGUUCCUUAAAACGCUGGGACGGCGGCGCCUUCACCUGACGAACCCGAGGAGCGCAGCUACAUGGCGGCGGCCGAGGCUGCGUCGGGGCCCAAGGGGGUGGCAGCGCUGGAGCUAUGGCUCAAUAAAGCGACAGAUCCAAGCAUGUCUGAGGAGAACUGGUCUUGUAUCCAAUGUUUCUGUGAUCAGGUGAACACUGACCCCAAUGGGCCAUCCCAUGCACCUUGGCUGUUGGCCCACAAGAUCCAGUCCCCGCAGGAGAUGGAAGCUCUUCAUGCCUUAACAGUACUGGAGGUGUGCAUGAACUAUUGUGGAGAGAAAUUCCAUGGCGAGGUGGCCAAGUUCCGCUUUUUGAAUGAGCUGAUCAAAGUGCUUUCUCCAAAGUAUCUUGGAUCCUGGACCACAGACAAAGUCAAAUCAAGAAUUAUUGAAAUAAUGUUCAGUUGGACAGUUUGGUUUCCUGAGGAUAUCAAAAUACGAGAUGCUUAUCAGAUGCUGAAGAAACAAGGAAUCAUUAAACAAGACCCCAAAUUACCAGUGGACAAAAUCUUACCCCCACCUUCUCCCAGGCCCAAGAGCUCCAUCUUUGAUGCUGAUGAAGAAAAAUCAAAGCUCUUGACAAGACUUCUGAAAAGUAACCAUCCUGAAGAUUUACAGGCAGCCAACAGAUUGAUCAAGACCCUUAUCAAGGAGGAACAAGAGAAAUCUGAGAAGGUGUCCAAGAGAAUCAACACCAUACAGGAAGUCCACAGCAAUGUAAAACUGAUAAAGGAGAUGGUAAGCAACCAUCAAGGGCCAAAACAGAAGCAACUGGACCUGAAAAGCCUACAGGACCUGUACGAGAAGUGUGAAAAGCUGAGGCCCACUCUGUUCCGGCUUGCCAGUGACACUGUGGAUGAUGAUGAGGCACUAGCAGAGAUUCUCCAGGCCAAUGACAUUCUUACUCAGGGUGUUCUCCUAUAUAAGCAGGUGGUGGAGGGGCAAGUCAAUGCUGGGAAUGUGAUGGCCAGCACAGUCACCAGAAGUACCCAGGGAGAGCUGCCUGCCUCCCAAGCCUUAAAGGAUAAAGAAGCCAGCAUCAAAACCUACUCCUUGAUUGACUUUUCUGAACUGGACUCUGCAUCUGGCGUCCCUUCCCAGCAGUGUGAGCUCAUAUCAUCUUGUCUUCUAGAGAAAGAGCUGGCUACUUUAGGUCUCAAUGAUGCCCCAGAAACACACAAGACAUCCUUAGACUUUGAUUCUCUUCAGAUUGCCCCAGAGAAUGGUUGCCUGGAGGAAGGGAAUUUCUCUCCCAAUGCAGUGGCCAAGAAGCCCUUGCCUGCCUUGCCUGGCAGGACUGACCAGAUUAAUGGCUCCCAAAGAAGCUCUCAGGAGAAGAAAUUGUUAUUGGACUUGUCUGCUCCCCAGACACCUCUAAUCCCUGACCCAUCGAGCACAUUGAAUUUCCUUCAUCAGAAAACACUUCCCAAAGAUUCACCAAUGAGCAACAAUUCCUUCCCGGAACAGUCUUGGGAGAUGAGACCAGGAGAUACUUCUUCCCUGUCAACACCCCUGAAUAAAUCUCUAGCUCAAGUUUUUGUUCCACUAGAAUCAAUUAAGCCCAGUGACUUGCCUCCUAUCACCGUGUAUGAUCGAAAUGGUUUCAAAGUCUUGCUCCAUUUUUCCCAGGCUGGGCCCCCAGGUUUCCCAGAGGUACAGGUACUGUUGCUGUCCAUGCUGAGCACAGCGUCACAACCUGUCUGGGAUAUUGUGUUUCAGGUGGCUGUGCCAAAGGCAAUGAAAGUGAAAUUGCAACCAGCCUCCAGUUCUAAGCUUCCUGCAUUUAGUCCACUGCUGCCACCCGCUGUGAUCUCUCAGGUUCUGCUGCUUGCAAAUCCACACAAAGAGCCUGUCAGGCUAAGGUACAAGUUGACAUUCAUUCAAGGUGGAAAGCCCUUCAGUGAAGUAGGAGAAGUGAGUGAUUUUCCAGACCCAGCUCUCUGGAGUACUGUCUAACCUCAUGAUGCACUCUUCUGGACCUUACCAUCAAGCCUUAGCCUAUCUCUGUUGCUCAUUUUUGCCAGGACUGACUAGGGGUUUUGAUACGAAGUGUACGGGUGGGUACUGCUGUUUGGGUGGCAUUAUGAGCCAUGUGUGAAAUACAUCUGAUAUCACUCUUCAACAUGACAGUCUGCCAUCAUCUCUGCUGCCUGUAUGGUGAUGGACUCUCUGGUGUCACUGGAAUAUUAUAAGCCAAAGCUUACAGCAGAGGCCCAUGUUUCAGGGAAUCAUUUCAAAAUGGAAUGAUCUUUUAUGAAUGUUGCCUCAUUGUUCUCACUUUUGUGCCUUGUCAUCCCUCAAAUGUGUUUGUUAGGGCACCCAUGCUGCUCCAUUUUCAGAAAUCUUGGAGAAAUUUGUUUGGGCUUGGGUACCUCUUUGUUUAGGAGAUCCUCCACCCAACUGACAUCUUUAAAGAGGAUCCUUAUCUCUUUUUAUAUAGACUGCUUACAAUUUAUUGAAGAAAUGUUCCAAAUGGAAUGCUCAUUGCACAUACCUCUAGAUUAGAGGAACACAGUAGCUAGCUUCUACCCCAUAGUGUCUUCCACCAUUAUGCCUUAUACCUUCUCUAGGUAGACAGUCUUCAGGUAAAGGAGAAGAAGAAAUUAAUUUCCUAAUAUGUCCACCUUCCUUUUUAACCUCAUUGAAAGCUUUUUUUACUUGCUUACUUGAGUGUACCAUUCUCUUCAUUGUACAACACAAUUAAGAUAGAUUUGAUUCUUGUUUUUUAGAUGGUUUAUUGAUGCAGUAAGACAUAAAAGACACUUAACGAAAAGCUUUGACUGAAUAUGUAAAUCAUUUACAUUAAAUAAAUAAAAUAGGAGCAA